AUGGCUCGCACUAUUGAAGCUGUCAAAGAUAUCAAUGAUUCAAAGGAUUCAUGGAAGAUAGUCGUUAGAUGUGAACAUCUAUGGAGUGUUAUCGGUGCUUCAAACAAAAAACAAUUGGAGAUGAUUUUGGUUGAUUCGAAGCUCGAUAUGCAGUUGUCAACGAUUGAGUUAAAAAAUUUGACACUCAUUGAGAUUGAGAAUAUGAUGCAAUCCAAUCAAAGAACUUUGCAUGAAUUCAAAGAUAUGCCUUAUCCAGAUCCGAGAAGAGAAAGAGUAUUUGAGUUCGAUGAAAUUGAUAGAACUGAUAUAAGUUAUACUAAAGCAUAUGAAGUUCUAACUCCAGAAUUUAUUAGUAAACUAAGAAUACCAGGUCUACCAAAUCAUAAAAUCAAAUUAAAGGUUGGUACUCCAAUUAUGCUAAUGAGAAAUUUGGAUCAAAGUGAUGAAUUGUGCAAUGGAACAAGAUUGGUUGUUACAAGGUUGACAAAUCAUGUAAUUGAGACAAAAAUUAUGUCUGGAAAAAACAUAGGUAAUAUCUUUUACAUUUCUCGGAUGUCUAUGUCAUUUUCUGAGUCACUGUGUCCAUUUAAGUUGAUUAGGAGACAGAUUGUAUUUGCAUACUCCUUUUUUAGUCAUGGACAAUUAUAUGUUGCAAUUUCAAGAGUUACAACCAAAAGUGGUCUUAAAAUCUUGAUACAUAAUGACAAGAAUGCACCAUGUUCUACCACUACAAAUGUUGUAUACAAGGAAGUUUUCCCAUCACUUUGUUAG